AUGUCAUCAAAAUCAAAGAAGAAAACAUCAACGCCAACACCAGAUUCGACUCCACAAACUCCAGCUAAGAAAAUAAAAAUACCAAAAUCAUUUAUUGUACGUCCUGGAAACGAAUCCAAUUUAAAAGAUGUUGCAAAUGUAUAUAUAAACUCAGAAAUACUAUCUGCUUUAGAAUUCAAAUCAGGUCAAUUGGUAUAUUUAAAUGCUGUUGAUAAUGGUUCGGUUGGAUUAAUAGCUACUAUAAACUCAUCAAAUGGAAUUACUGAAAAGAAUAUCAUACAAAUACUGAAAAAUUAUCGAGAAUUAAGUGAGUUGUUACUUGGUGAUAGAAUCGAGAUUAAUAAAUAUUCUAAUCAACCUAAAUUUGCAAGUGAUGUCAAAAUAAAUGUUAGUGGAGGAUCAUCCGAUGAUCAAGUAAAGAAUGGACUACUCCAAAUUGGACUAAUUUAUCCUGGGCUAACAUUUGAAAGUGAAAAUUCACAAAUUACUAUAAUUGAUGUAAAUGACUCCAUUGAGUCUACAUUAGAUAACUUAUCAAUUAGUGAUUCCAAUAUAAUAUCAACUGAGAUCUCAACUCCUUAUAUAUUCACACCACAAACUGUUAUAAAUCAAACUAGUGAAACGCUGCCCCCACGUUCAAAAUAUCCAAAUUUACCGCAACCUAUAACUUAUUCACAAGUAGGUGGACUUUCCAAACAAAUUGAAUUAUUAAAAUCAACUAUAGAAUUACCAUUAAAUAAUCCACAAUUAUUUUCCGAAUUUGGUAUAUCUCCACCAAGAGGAAUUUUAUUACAUGGUCCACCAGGAACAGGUAAAACCAUGUUAUUAAGAUGUGUUGCUAAUUCAUUAAGUAAUGUUCAUAUAUUAACUAUAAAUGGACCACUGAUUAUAUCUAAAUAUCUCGGAGAAACAGAAAAUUCAAUAAGAGAAUUCUUUAAUGAAGCUAAAAAAUAUCAACCUUCAAUUAUAUUCAUGGAUGAAAUUGAUUCAUUAGUACCGUCAAGAAACUCCGAUGAUAGUGGAGAAACAGAAAGUCGGAUAGUGGCUCAAUUAUUAACUAUGAUGGAUGGAAUGGAUAAUAAUGGUAGAAUAGUAGUUGUUGGUGCAACUAAUCGACCAAAUCAAAUAGAUUCAGCAUUAAGAAGACCAGGUAGAUUUGAUCAAGAAGUUGAAAUAGGUAUACCUGAUGUAGAAGCAAGAGAAGACAUAUUGAUUAAACAAUUUGAUAAAAUGAGUAAAGAAAAAUAUAAUUUAACAAAUGAUGAUAUUUAUACAAUUGCAUCAAAGACUCAUGGGUACGUAGGUGCUGAUUUAGUCGCAUUAGUUAGAGAAUCAGUUAUGAUUGCAAUUAAAAAUGCUGCCCACGAUUUGCAAAAUAUAAAAGUGGAUCUACAAGAUAUGCUUGAAGCAUUACCUGAAAUUAGACCAAGUGCAAUGAGGGAAAUAUUCUUGGAAAUGCCAAAAGUUUAUUGGUCAGAUAUAGGUGGACAAAAUGAAUUGAAACAAAAAUUGAUCGAAGUUGUUCAAUUACCUUUAGAAGCCUCAGAAUCAUUUAAAAAUUUAGGUAUAUCUGCACCUAAAGGUGUUUUGUUAUAUGGUCCUCCUGGUUGUUCAAAAACUUUAACUGCAAAAGCAUUAGCUACUGAAUCAGGAUUAAAUUUCUUAGCAGUUAAAGGUCCUGAAAUUUUUAAUAAAUAUGUAGGUGAAAGUGAAAAGGCAAUACGUGAAAUUUUUAGAAAAGCAAGAGCUGCAUCACCUUCAAUUAUAUUCUUUGAUGAAAUAGAUGCAAUUUCAGGAGAUAGAGAUUCUGAUGGAACUGUUGCACAAUCAAAUGUAUUAACUUCAUUACUUAAUGAAAUUGAUGGUAUUGAAGAAUUAAAAGGUGUUAUAAUACUAGGUGCUACUAAUAAACCAACAGAAAUUGAUCCUGCAUUAUUAAGACCAGGUAGAUUAGAUAGACAUAUAUAUGUUGGACCACCAAAUUAUGAAGCAAGAUUGCAAAUUUUACAAAAAUGUAGUAAGAAAUUUAAUUGUGAUGAAAAUGUUGAUUUAAAACAACUUGCAAAUAUAACUGAUGGUUGUUCUGGUGCUGAAGUUACUUUAUUAUGUCAAGAAGCUGGAUUAUCUGCAAUUAUGGAAAACAAACAAGCAACGAAAGUUGAAAAGAAACAUUUUGAUUAUGCAUUAAAAGGAAUAUCUAAGGGUAUUACAGAAGAAAUGACAAAUUACUACAAAGAAUUUUCAGAUCGUAGUGGAUUAAAUAUAUAA